AACGCACACACGCCACGAUCCCCAUCAAUCAGUUCAAUCUACAUUAGCAGAGAAUAGAUAAAUACAAUCGACAACUAACGAUGGACCAGAAAAUCUUCUACCCUUCGUCCCGAGCGACGAUUAUGCACCACUACGUAUUUGGUCUCCCCCCGUUGGAGAGAGAGAGAGAGAAAGCUUUUGUGCCCUGGCUAAUCGGUCGGAUGAGUGUGACAUCGACUACAGUCCCCACGCCUGAUAGCGGUCGAGCACCCGGCAGCCAUAAAUGGCAACAUGAAGAAUACGCUGCUGCUCGUCGGCGGGCUCGGGGAUGGGAUUCAUACAAUUCCUUAUGUGAGUCCGUUGAUCGACGCGGUUACCGGGGCGGGUUGGAGUUUAGUGGAGGUGCUACUUUCGAGCUCGUACAACGGGUGGGGAAUUGGGUCCAUUGCUCAGUAGGUUUGCCCCAAAGUGUGGGAUGGGAUGGGAGGGUGACGGGGGUGGUUCUAACAAAUCUAGAGACGCAGUGGAGAUAUCGGCUUGCGUGGAGUACUUUCGGACAAUUAGGGGCGGGAAGUUAGUACUCAUGGGGCAUUCCACUGGUGGGCUGUAUACCCCCCCCCCCCUAUGGGGGACUAUCAGGAGUACGCUAAUGAGUGGGUAGGUUGUCAGGACGCACUAGAAUACCUAACCAAGCACUCGGCCAUCAUAAAUGGUGUUAUAUUCCAGGCCAGCGGUGGAUACCUCCCUUUCCCAUCCCCCGAUCCCAUCACUGACCUCGCUACAGUAUCUGACCGCGAAUCCGCAACCCUGGGUCAAUCCCCAGACCGCCUCUCGGCGAGCCUAACCCACGCCCGCUCCCUAAUCGACAGUGCUCGUGGCGCCGAGAUCAUCCCCUCGCACUUCCGCUCCCCGACGUACACCGACACCCCUGUGUGCGCCCAGCGCUGGUGGGACCUAAACGCCUUCGCCGGUGCUGACGAUUACUUCUCCAGCGACUUGAACGAGGAGAUGCUGACGCGCACGUUCGGGAUGAUCAUGCGUAACACUAACGUCCUGUUCCUCUUUUCCGCCAUGGACCAGCUCGUGCCCGCGUGGGUGGACAAGGAGUACCUGCUCAAGCGGUGGUACUUGGCCUGCGCUCUGGGUGGUGCGGUGGUGGAUAAGGUUGAGAGUGGGGUUAUUAACGGGGCUAACCAUAAUUUCGAAGGGGUGGAUGCUGGCGUGCUGGCGGACAUGAUCGGGAGGGUUAUCAGGUUUUUGGGGAAGAUUUAG